AUGAACUGUAAUGAAGGUCUUCUCGAGGGUUCUACGGCGUUUCUGUUGAACGGAGAAGAAGCUCUCAGUGGUAAGAGACAAUGGCGAAGGAGUCGAGCCGAUGCGAUGGCGAUCGGAGAAGCACCACCGGAUGUGUCCUCUGAGAAAGAGAUGAUCGAAGAAGAGAAGGUUGUGAAAGCGGAAGCUAUGAGAUGGGCCGAAACUUGGGCUCUAUGGGCCUAUUCAGUGUACAUAUUUGAGCCAGUUUACACCAAGAAUUGGAUCUCUACAUUUCGGGUCGGGUCUCUCGUCUCGAUUUUGAUUGAUUGUAAAAAUCGAUUCUUUGUGCAACUGAUUCAACCCCAAUGA